CCUCACCAGCACAGCUCCAAGGAGUGGAUCCCUCCCGGAGGGACGGUGGGUGUUUGUGCCCACCAGCACCCCAGCCAUCGCCAGCCUUCCUCUGGGUGACCUUGGGUGAGGCUCUGCUUGCCUGGAGAGCUGUUGAUUUACAAUGCAGAUUCAUCGCUCCUCGCCUGCCUGUCCCUGCCCCUCCUAAAUUGGGCUGGGAUAUAAGAGGUUGUUUGCUCUCCGAUGCCAACAGUGGCCAUGGCAGAACGCCCUGCCACGUGAGAGGCAGAGAUAGAGGAGAGGGGGCUAAGGAGGAGUGAACUGUGCAGUUGCUCUUGCUUCUGGUAGCUGAGGAGCACAUCUGCACGACCAUGUCUGUGCUGAACCCUGUCCUGCAGCUCACGGAGGUGAAGGACUACCUGUGCAAGGGCGACCGCUUCAUCAAAUGGGAUGAUGAAACAUCAAAUGCUUCUCCUGUGAUUCUCCGAGUGGAUCCCCAGGGCUUUUACGUGUACUGGACCUACCAGAGCACGGAAAGAGAAAUUCUGGAUAUCACCAGCAUCCGAGACACCCGAACAGGGCGAUUUGCCAAAAUGCCCAAGUCCCUGAAGCUCCGAGAGGUUUUUAACUUGGAUCACCCUUACAGCACCUUCCUGCUGAAGAACCUGACAAUUGUAUCUGGCUCUGACAUGGUUGACCUCACUUUCCAUAACUUUGUGUCCUACAAGGAGAGUAUUUGCAAGGACUGGGCUGAGGAUAUAAUGGCCAUUGCCAGGAAUCCCAUCACGUACAACGCUCCCCGCUACACCUUCCUAGAGAAAAUUCUGGUGAAGCUGAAGUUGCAACUGAAUGAAGAGGGAAAGAUUCCUGUCCGGAAUAUUUUUCAGAUGUUCCCUGCAGACAAGAAGAGGGUGGAAGAAGCAUUAAGUGCUUGUCAUCUGCCAAAUGGCAAGAAUGAUGCCAUCAACCCCGAGGACUUCCCCGAGCCGGUGUACAAGACAUUCCUCAUGAAUCUGUGUCCACGGCCCGAGAUUGAUGAGAUAUUUACUUCACACCAUCUAAAAGCAAAGCCCUACAUGACCAAAGAUCACCUGGCAAAGUUCAUCAACAAGAAGCAGCGUGACACCCGCCUCAAUGACAUCCUCUUCCCGCCAGCCAAACCUGAUCAGGUGCAGAGCCUGAUAGAGAAGUAUGAGCCCAGUGGGUUUAACAUCCAGAGAGGUGAGUCUUGUUCAGCCCAAAGCUCUUGCUAUAGAAGUGGGAUGACAGAGCAGAAGAUCUUGUGCCUUGUGCCAUUCUGCUUCCCAGGGGAGCAGUCAGCCUUGUUCCCACAACUCCCUGUUGUUCCCACAAAUUUUUCCACUUCCAAAGAGGGGCCAGAACUGUUCUAUUUGGUGACCAAGAACAGCUCUGUUUGCUAUGCAGGGCAGCUGUCUCCAGAGGGGAUGGUCUGGUUCCUCUGUGGCCCCGAGAACAACCUGAUAGUGCUGGACAAGCUGAUGCUAUACCAGGACAUGACCCAGCCACUCUCACACUACUACAUCAACUCCUCACACAACACCUAUCUGACAGCCGGGCAGUUUUCUGGGACGUCCUCUCCCGAAAUGUAUCGCCAGACGCUGCUGGCCGGCUGCCGCUGCGUGGAGCUGGACUGCUGGAAGGGCCGGCCCCCGGAUGAGGAGCCCAUCAUCACCCACGGCUUCACCAUGACAACUGAGAUCCUCUUCAAGGAUGCCAUCGAGGCCAUUGCAGAAAGUGCUUUUAAAACAUCUCCAUACCCUGUGAUCCUGUCCUUCGAGAACCACGUGGACUCGCCCAAGCAGCAGGCAAAGAUGGCCGAGUACUGCCGAACAAUUUUUGGAGACAUGCUGCUGACAGAGCCACUGGAGAAAUACCCGCUGAAGCCAGGAGUUCCUCUGCCAAGUCCAAAGGAUCUCUUAAGGAAAAUAUUGAUUAAAAACAAAAAGAACCAAUCAAUGUCUGGGAAGAGGCAGAACUCUUUGAAGAAAGGGAGGAACAUGGAACCAGAAACCACUGAGCAGCCAGCAUCUAUGGAUGCUGAAGAUACUGUCUGGGCAGGUGAUGUUGCUGAAGAGGAGCCAGAGGAAGAGGAUGAACAGCUCAGAAAUCUGGAUGAAGAGGAAAUUAAAAAGAUGCAGUCAGAUGAGGGCACGGCUGGCCUGGAAGUGACAGCGUACGAGGAGAUGUCCAGCCUGGUUAACUACAUACAGCCCAUCAAAUUCAACUCCUUCGAGGUCUCUGCCAAGAAGAACCGGAGUUACGUCAUCUCUUCCUUCACCGAGACCAAGGCUUGCGAUCUACUGAGCAAGUUCCCCAUGCAGUUUGUGGAAUACAACAAGUGGCAGAUGAGCCGCAUUUACCCCAAAGGCACCCGGAUGGACUCCUCCAAUUACCAGCCCCAGAUGUUCUGGAAUGUUGGCUGUCAGAUGGUGGCACUCAACUUCCAGACCAUGGAUGUCCCCAUGCAGCAGAACAUGGCCCUGUUUGAGUUCAACGGGCAGUGUGGGUACCUGCUCAAGCACGAGUUCAUGCGGCGCCCCGACAAGCAGUUCGACCCCUUCUCCGUGGACCGCAUCGACGGGCUGGUGGCCACUACUGUCUGUGUCACGGUACUCUCUGGUCAGUUCCUCUCGGACCGCAGCGUGAAGACCUACGUGGAAGUGGAGCUCCUUGGGCUGCCAAGGGAUGCCAAACGCAAACACAGAACCAAACUGACCUCCACGGCCAACUCCAUUAACCCUGUGUGGAAAGAGGAGGCUUUUGUUUUUGAAAAGAUCAUGAUGCCUGAGUUGGCAUCUCUCAAAAUUGUGGCUUGGGAAGAAGGAGGGAAGUUCAUUGGCCAGCGUAUCAUUCCCAUCAUCGCAAUGCACCCAGGCUACCACCACGUGUGCCUGCGCAGCGAGAGCAACAUGCCGCUCACCAUGCCCGCCCUCUUCGUAUUCCUGGAGAUCAAGGACUACGUGCCAGAUGCUUGGGCAGAUCUCACUAUUGCCCUCUCCAACCCCAUCAAGUUCUUCAACCUGCAGGACAAGCGCUUGGUGAAGCACAAGGAUACCUCGGGGGAGAGGCCUGGCACACAGACAAACCUCUCAUCUGCUGAGACUAACGGGGUGGCAGGCUCCACUGGGAAACCCAGCAUUCCACCCUCUAAUGGGUCCACAGGAGCAGCAGUGUUCACCAAGGAUGAAGCUGUGUUAGAAGUAAUGCAGAUGGCAGAGCCUGAGACAAUCACCCUUGCUGAGCUGCAGCAGAAGAAGCGCUUCCUGAAGCUGCUGAAGAGGCAGGAGAAGGAGCUGAGGGAGCUGGAGUGGAAGGGCAGCAAACAGAGGGAGGAGCUGCUGCAGAAAUACUCCGGGCUCUUUUCGGAGCUGGCCUGCCCUGGGGGCAAGAAAAGGACAAUACGCACAAGGAAAACACAGAAGAAGAGGAGUGUGACCCCAAGUGAUGCUGGUACCAGUGCACAUCCUGUAAAAGCAGCAGACAGCAUCGACUGCCACUGGCUCGUGGAGCUGAGGGAGAGGCUGGAGAUGGACCUCAUCCACCUUGGGGAGGAGCACCACAACCGGAUCCGAAGGAAGAAAGAGCAGCACGCUACCGAGCAAGUUGCCAGGAUCCUGGAGCUGGCCAGGGAGAAGCAGGCAGCUGAGCUGCGGGUGCUGAGGGACACGUCAGAAAGCAACAUUAAAGACAUUAAGAAGCGGAUGGAGGCAAAGAGGGUGGAGCGUGUCCAGGCCAUGCUGAGGAAUACCAGUGACAAGGCUGCUCAGGAGAGGUUGAAGAAAGAAAUUAACAAUUCCCACAUUCAGGAAGUGGUGCAGACAGUGAAACGGGUGACAGAGAAGACUGGCAGGUUCCAGCAGAAACUGGAGGAGAAGCAGGCAGCAAAUCUUCAGUCCAUCAAAGAGAGAGAAAGCCAGCUCCAGCAGCAGGUACGGGUGGAAUAUGAGGAGAAGUUGAGAGCUCUGAACAUGGAGGUUCAGGAGAUGGUGAAGAACUACACCAAAGCCAGCUUUCCUGGAGAACCACAGACUAGGAAGGAAGCAGGUCAGAGCAUUCCUGAGGGAGAACAAGGCUCUACAGACCAACUGGAAGGAAAUACCCCAGUGGCAGAGGUGUCCAGGCUUACACUGGCAAUGACUCAGCCCUUGGGAGCUGGAAUGGAUGUGGAGAUAGAAGAGAGCAUAUUCUGAGAUGAGGCUCUUCCUUACUGUUCAUUGCAAGAAGGUGUAUGGUGAAGUAACAACCAGCUUCACAAACUACUGCCAUCCCUUUCUAUUCUGGGGAGCUCCUGAAAUCCUUCAGGAAUGUACUACAUUAUCCCAGACAUCUGGAAGCAGUCUGGAGAGCUCACCCUUCAGAGUACUUCACUCUCUGUCUUCCCAGUCUGAGCUCUGAGGUGUUUUAGCAGUGGGAAAGGGCCUGUGCCUGCAGACCAACUCCCUGUUGGCAUCACAGCAGCAGCUACAGGAAUAUUUACUUUGCAUUCAGAUCAGUUUUUAGAGUCAGUUCCCUCAUCAUUCCUCACAUGCAUCUCUUCACAUCAGUCCAACUCCUCCUAACAUCUUCCACACGGUUCAAUGAAACAGCAAUAAACAAAGCUAAACACUGAUACAAAGAGACACCACAGGUGGGGAUAGGGGUGGGAAGUGGGUUCAACCACAGCAAACCACACCAUGCUGUGUGUCCUACAGGAAAACAGUUACACCUGAAGCUGCAUUAAUAAACAAUUACAAAUGCUGCUAUAGAAACCAAACCCCAGCUCAAGCAGGUAACAAACAGCAUGUUCCAAGUCUAGUCUGAACGCCCAACAAGGGUCCACAUCUCCCCUGUGGUGUCACCAGAGUACUGGAAUUAUGGAUUGUACAUUUCUGAGCUAUUUAUUUUCUAAAAAAAAUAAAACAUAGCAGUUCUU